AGGUGAGCCUGCUGUAUAAAGACUCAUUUCCCUUGGCACCAGUGUUUGUGUCAAGAGCUGCAAGGAUGAAGUUCCUGGCCCUGCUUUUCCUGCUGUCGGUGGGCGCAGCCAGCGCCGAGGAGGUCUCGCCCCGGGCCGUGUGGCUGUUCCGUGAGUUGAUCAAGUGCACCCUGCCCCAAAGCCACCCCCUGCUGGAAUUCAACCACUACGGCUGCUACUGCGGCCUGGGGGGCAGCGGCACUCCCGUGGACGACCUCGACAGGUGCUGCCAAGCCCAUGAUAACUGCUACUCAGAGGCAAUGAAAAUGGAAUCCUGCAAAUUCCUCCUGGACAACCCGUACACUAAGCUGUACCGCUACAGCUGCUCUGAUGGGCAGAUCACAUGCAGCAGCAAGAACAGCGAGUGCGCCUCGUUCAUCUGCAACUGCGACCGCACCGCAGCCAUGUGCUUCGCCAAGAAGCCCUACAACCCCGAGCACAUGAGGCUGGACAAAGACAAAUACUGCAAAUAGUCACUGUCGUGUGGUUCAGGGCGGCCGCAGGCCAAAAUAAACAAAUAAAUAACCUAAACCGA